AUGUUCGGGCCUCGCAGCUCGCGCUCUCAGACUCUGGUGUUUCUCUUAGGAUAUGCAGGAAUACCGAAAGUGUUUCAUUGUUCAUACGAAGGUGACAAAAUCGUGAUGGUUAUGGAACUAUUGGGCCCCUCGAUCGAAGAUCUGUUUUUACUGCAGGACAGAAAAUUCACAGUCGGCCGAUGCCUGGCCAUUAUCGAGCAGGCCUUGCAUAGACUGGAAUACGUGCAUAGAAAAGGCUAUUUACAUCGUGACAUCAAGCCAUAAAAUUUGCUGAUCGGCAGAGAUAAACAUUCUGACCUGUAUCUGAUCGAUUUCGGGCUGGCGGUUCGCUACAUCCAGAAUGACGGUACGCAUAUUCCUGACCGUUAGAAGCUUCCUUUCUUAGGAAACCCUCGAUUUGCCUCUUUGAGGGCGCAUCAAGGCCGGUAGCAAGGCAGGAUCGACGAUAUAGAGUCUUUGCUUUAUGUGGCAAUUUAUUUGAUAAAGGGAAGCCUUCCAUGGCAAGGAUUAAAAGUAUCAUCACUUGAUGAAAAAUUGGAGAAGAUAAAAGAAAAGAAAGAAAUCACUCCUGUAGAGACACUAUGCAAAGGCUGCCCGCCUUAG